CUAAUCUCUCUACGAAUCUCAAGUGCUCAGAUAUUCUUUCUCACCAUCUCCUUCUCCUUCUUCUACUGCUUACUUUCUGAUUCAGUAUUUUCUUUCUAAUGGCUGAAGUAAAGGAUACACAUGUUGUUGUUGAAAUCCCAGUAGACGAAGAACACCAAAAUCUGCAACUGGUUUCAUCAAUAAACAACACAAUGUCAGUGAUUCAACAACACCCAUUGAUGGAAAUCUCUCAAAGCCCAGGCCAUCUUUUACUCUUAAAACUUUGGCAAAGAGAAGAAGAUAUGUUUGGGCGUAGAGUCACUAUGAAAGAAACUAGAAUGGAUAGCCUUAAAUCAGAAAUCUUUCAAUUAUGUUGUUGUUUUUACUUUUUUAUUGGGUUUUUUCUUACACUUCUUUACACAUCUUCAAUCACUUCUUCUCAUGAUCAUCAUUCUUGUAAGAAAUGGUGGUUACCUUCAUUCGUAUCUUUAUUUGCUUCCAUGGUUAUUAUCUGUUUAGUACAAAUGAAACUUUACAGGUAUUGGAAAGUAUCAAGAGAAUUACAGAGAGAAAAAACUGAUAAUAGAACACUUACUAGAUGUAUUCAGGAAUUAAGGAUGAAAGGAGCUAGUUUUGAUCUAUCAAAAGAUCCUCAUCAUCAAAAUGCUAAAAGGAUGAAAAGCUCCAGUGUUGAAAUCAAAUGGAGACCCAUUUCUUGGUUUUCUCAGUAUUUUGUUACAGUCUGUCUUGUUUGUGUUUCAGGUCUGAUCUUCCCUGUUAGCAGAUUCAUCCUCUGUGUUUGAUGCUGAUCUUCGGGUUCCCGAUUCCUCUGCAAUUUUCUUAUAAAGGUCAAAUAAUAAUGGUGCUGUGCAACGGGAGUUAAUGAGAUGGAUAUGCAGUGUUCAAUUUGAGGAUUUUCAACAAUUGGGUUUCUGCAGUGCGGUCUUGAUGCAAGGAAACUGUCAUAGAUUGAAUUUAUUCUCAAAAAGCUUCAUUCUCAAGUGGGACACAAUUUUGCCUCCAUAAUGCCAUCUUAACUCAAGAAAAUCUACGCAGAAGGGGAACGGACGGAGUUUGCUAGCAGGUGGAUGGGACUUGAAUCACUUGCUUAUCUGAAGCUUCACAAACACCUUGUUUAUAUUCCAAUUACAAAAGAGUUCAGAAACAAUUGUGCAAGAGCAUAGAAGUAUAGGACAGUUGGCAUAUUCAAACAAAAUGUGGAUAUCUAAGUAUUCUUUCCUUUAUAUUCUUAGACAUCAUCUGUGUUUUGAAUGUAAAUUUUACAUUUGAAUUCAAUUUAUUUUGUUACAAAGGGAGUUAAGCCUCCUAAAAUAAUAGUAAAAGAAGUACUCUAAAGAAUAAAUUUUGAUCAAC